GUUGAUUGAGAUGAAAUCUACGCAGAUCAUUUCAUCCCUCUCCCAAGGUAAGAAGGGAAUGAGAGCGGAAGAUGUCGUCCAUCCACUUCCCAUAUGCUCUCCUUGUGAUCUUAUUUGCUUCCUGCUCUUCCGCCAGGUGUCAAGAUUUUAUCCGAAGAAGGUUUUGUUGGAAUCAAGAUUUCAGAUUGGAUUGCAGUUGGAAUAGUGUUCUAGCAAUCCACGAAGCUUACUUUACGAACAAUGAAACUGAAGUGAAUCGAACUUCAUGUUUCAAUAAUAGAGACGGAAGACUGCCGUGUACGGAAGAUCUCCGAAUACCUCUGAAUCGAAGGUGUUCCGGAACGUCUCAUUGUAGUUUUAACUUGACAGAAGAUCAUCCCGACAGAGAAUGUUUUUGUAAAGGAGUCAUUAUUCUUGUCUAUUCCUGUGUUAAAGAAUCAGACAUCAAUAAGUUCUGCAACAGUAAAAUAACAAGCACAAGCGGCUAUAUAUCUUCUCCUGGAUAUCCAAGAUACUACACUAAAGUGUCCAACUGCACGUGGACCAUUGAGUCUUCAAUUAUGCAAGAGAUGAAGCUGACAAUUCUAGAUCUCAACAUGAGGACUGGCAUACAAGCAAGGGGUAGAGAAAUUUGCCCCGAUAAUUUGAUGGUUCUAGAAAAUGGACAUAAAAUCCGGUACACAUGUGGCCACUUGAAAAAAGAAACUAUGAUACCUCUGACCACUAGGGGUGGCUUAGUAAAAGUUCGGUUCCAAAGCAACGAGUUCUUGCCGUCCAGAGGAUUUUUAUUAUACUACAAAUUUAAUGGAUGCCGUCAACUUCCCCCACCGCGACUAGGCUACCUCGUAUACAGUAAUAACCGAUCAGCCCUUUACAUGUGUUGCAAAGGACACGUCUUCAAUGAUUCACUAUCCAACUCUCUGUUACUUCAAUGCAUUGAUGGUACAUACUGGAAUGGUACCGUCUCGAGUUGCAUGAGUAUGGAAGAAGCCAUUCGUCUCAGAAGCAACGAUACGAAUUUUGCAACAACGCCAAAUGUUGAUAUAGUCGAAGUGUACCUAAGAAAGCACAAUUAUGUAGAAGAGAUCCUUAUUCCAAUGGCCUGUGUUGUUGGUCUCGUUUUUGGAAAUGUGGCUAUAAUACUGCUUAUACAAAAGAUUAGAAAAAAGAGAAAGACAAGCGCAUCUAAUCAUAAUGGCCGCUCAACCAGUGAAAUGAAGAAAUCUACUUCCAAACCACAAACUCUACAAGUACCAGUCAAUAUACCAAUAGACUCAACCAUUCCCCCAAUAACGAAUCUACCAGGAUCACCAAGAGCAGUUAGUAUAGUGCCUGCAUCUCGACCCAUUCCAACAAUCAAGCAAGCACCAAGAGUACUUAUGACUGACUUAUAGUCCAUAAUUCCACUUUAUUUAUUUUAAAAAUUUAGCCAAUUAAUGCUAGGAGCUGAAAAGCAUACUUUUGGCUUCUUUUUAGUGUUUAAUUCUGUGCUUCAAAUGAAAUUAAACAAAAUAUUUGACAUGUACUUAAAGAAGAGAAAAAUAUUUCUAUGAAAGCCACAGAAAAUAUGAAAAAUCAUGUAUAUUUUAGAUGCCAUGCAUUUUUUAACAUAAUUUUCAAAACUGAAGACAAUAUAUAUAUGUAUCAUAAGUUAAAAUACAACGAAAACAUCGAAGACAAUAACUUAAAAUACCGGAAAACAAAAUAAGGGAGAGAUAUAAUCUUGUCAUCAGCUCACACGAUCAUAUCCACAAAAAAGAGUGCUUUCUGAUAUCGU